AUGAAAGCAGAAGUCAAAAGAGUCAGGUCCUUGUGUCAAAUGAAGAAGUUGCCAACUGAGUUGAAAUCAAACAUCAGUAAUUAUAAAGGAGUGCCCCUCUGUCUUGUUUGCUCUUUGGAUUCGUCUUCCUUGGGAUCACCAAGCGCAUUUUUUAUCACAGAUUGGGCUUGGUCAUUAGUGAAAUCUGGAAAAGUUGAACAGGCUUUAGACUUUUCAUGGCUGAAAGAUGGUGAUAAUGUGAAUUCAAAUCCAAAGAGCAUAAUGGAGAGAUUUUUGCUGGUUGGCAUUUUGUGUGCUCAUGUAAUGGUGGCUUUGCGGCCUACCAUUUUGGAUGCACUGAAAAUGUUGGAAGGAGAUAUUGAAGUGCCACCAAUUCCAGAUAGGCCAAUGCCUCUUGGUCACCCUUCAGCUUAUGGCAAUGGCAACGGUAAUACUUUCAGCAUAUCACCAGCUUUGAGCGGGCCAAAAUUGCAUAGUGGAGACAUGCUCAGUUUCUACAUCGCCUUGAAGAAAGCAAAGAGUGAAGAUUAA